AUGUUUAAAAUACUGUUAUUAUUAAUACCAUUCGCUGCCUGUCAAGAAGUGGAAUUCAGUACAAGACCAAACAAUGUCAGUAUACUUCUUUUAUAUUUCACGCAAAGAUCAACGGAGACGGCAACGGUCUUGUCACCGUUCGGAAUAUGGAGCUUGAUGGCGGGCAUCUCGUACGGCGCUAGGGGUGAUACGUACAGGGAGAUUUUAAGAGCCUUUCUACUGUUUACUGACAAAGAAAGGUUUAGUACCAAUUAUAAAACUUUAAUAGACACUGUGUUCAAAACACCCACAAGUGGAGUAGAUAUUUCUAAUAAUAAUUUUAUAUUUAUAGAUGGAAAUUUUAACUAUGCAAUGGAACGAGACUAUAAAAAUUUUUUAGCGCAAAAUUUGGGUUCGUUAGUUUUGCCUUUUGACUUUGAAAACUUAACUAAAACUACAGAUAUAGCUAAUAGACUAGUCAGUGUUAUGUCGCGACCAGUCACAAACGUUUACACUAUCGAAGAUUUUAGAGGAUCUUCGCUGGUGAUGAGCAAUAUCGUGUACUUUCAAGGUGUCUGGUCCUUACCUUUUAAUAUUUCAAAUACAAGGCUUGAAUCGGUGAACGGUGGAGAAGAGAAAAUCAACGUAAUGUACCAGCGAGGAAAAGUUCCCUACAGUCAUUUGGAUUCGAUGAAAGCUUCUGUAAUGGAGUUAGCUUAUGGCAAGGAUGGAAAAUACUGCAUGUUGAUCAUAACUCCUGAUCCAAACGUAUCUUUGAUUACAGUAUAUAAAAAAUUUGAAACAAUUACUUUCAGGGACAUAUUAAACAAACUUCAAAAUGAUGUAAAUGAAUUUGGAUUGAAGGAAAUUGAUAUAAAGUUGCCAAGAUUCAGGAAAUCAUCUUACCAUUAUUUAAAAAAGCCGUUAAAUGACAUGGGUAUUUAUGAAGCCUUUGAGCCGCAAUCAGCUCGUUUCCCAUUAAUAGCGAGGGAACCAAUUUAUAUAGACGCGAUAGAGCAAAAAACAGAGUUUUACAUAAGUGAAUUUGGUACGGUAGCGUACGCAAGCACUCCUGGACGAGGGAACAGUAGACAAGCUGCACAAGAUAUUGCACCAUCUAACAUGUUAUUAUUUGUAUUAGAAAAGACUACAACCACUAUUAUUUUUGGAGGAAUAUUUCCU